CGCGCAGGCUGGGUUAAAGGUCGAGGUGGCCACGCCCCCUUUCGCUCGGCUUCCGCCCGUGCGGGGAAACCCCGGAGCGGAUAUAGCGCCCUCUCUUUCCGGUCUGGCUCCUUUUCGGCCGUAGCUGCCUCCACGCGAACAUGCCUCUCGCAAAGGAUCUCUUGCAUCCCUCCCCUGAGGAGGAGAAGAGGAAACAUAAGAAGAAGCGCCUGGUCCAGAGUCCCAACUCUUACUUCAUGGAUGUGAAAUGUCCAGGUUGCUACAAAAUCACCACUGUGUUCAGUCACGCUCAAACAGUGGUUCUGUGUGUUGGCUGUUCAACUGUGCUGUGCCAGCCCACUGGGGGAAAGGCAAGGUUGACAGAAGGAUGCUCCUUCAGGCGAAAGCAGCACUAAAUUAAGCAGAUGUUUGUCCAGGAUGGGUGGGGCUAUGUGCACAGUCGUCGGCUCCGGUGCGGAGGAUCUCAAGAGCAUGGACGGUGGGAGUCCCGACACAAGUGAGAUGUGAGCUGCAACUGUGUGGCUCUUGAGGAUUUCAGCUGCUGCUGCUGCCUCUGGAAUAAGGAGAGCAAAAGAUGGCUUUCGCACUGUCCUUGUAGCCUCACCCAUCUGACUCAAUAAAUUUUGGAUAUAAAGACAGAA